CAACCAGAUGCGCCUCUACGAUCUGCCCUCCAAGCUGCUCUGCCGCGUCAUCAACGUCGAGCUCAAGGUGGACACAGCAAGUGUAUGCAUGAUGGUGUCUAAGAGGAUACAGAAGGAGAUCAAGGAUCUGCAGAAGGAUCCACCUACCUCAUGCAAUGCAGAUCUACCAGCUCAAGACAUUGCAUGGUGCUCGGGCGGGGGAGGCGACGGCGAGUGGCCUUGCCUCCAUGGCUUCACGUCAAGAGGGAUGCCGGAUGGGAGCGGGCCACCAGGGAGGGAGGUGAAGCUGUCCCGGCAGCGCCGGCACCCUUGAGCCGGAAGCAUGGGCGCAGGAGGCGAGCUCCAGCAGCGGUGAGAGGCGCGAUCCAGCAGCGGCAGAGUGCAGCGGCGGGGUGCCAGCAGUGAUGCUACUUGCCGCCACCGCCUCUCUAGUUUAUUAUGUCAUUGUUGUUUAGCUAGGUCGUCGACUGGACUUAUAUGUAUUUGUGUAUCUUAUGUUUGAACCAUAUGGUUGACACUUGUGUUAUUGAUGCAUAUGCAUGCAUGUUAUGGACAU